AUGGUGGAUCCCAGUGGCAACGAAUCCAGUGCCACAUAUUUCAUUCUAAUAGGCCUGCCUGGAUUGGAAGAAGCUCAGUUCUGGUUGGCCUUCCCAUUGUGCUCCCUCUACUUUAUCGCCGUGCUAGGUAACUUGACCAUCAUCUACAUUGUGCGGACAGAGCAUAGCCUACACGAACCCAUGUAUAUCUUUCUUUGCAUGCUUUCUGGCCUUGAUAUCCUCAUCUCCACCUCAUCCAUGCCCAAAAUGAUGGCCAUCUUCUGGUUCAAUUCCACUACCAUACAGUUUGAUGCUUGUCUGCUACAGAUGUUUGCCAUCCACUCCUUAUCUGGCAUGGAGUCCACGGUGCUGCUGGCCAUGGCCUUUGACCGCUAUGUGGCAAUCUGCCACCCACUACGCCAUGCCACUGUGCUAACAUUGCCUCGUGUUACCAAGAUUGGCAUGGCUGCUGUGGUACGAGGUGUUGCACUUAUGGCACCCCUGCCUUUCUUCAUCAAACAUCUGCCUUUCUGCCGCUCCAAUAUCCUUUCCCAUUCCUACUGCCUACACCAAGAUGUCAUGAAGCUGGCCUGUGCUGACAUCCGCGUCAAUAUCAUCUAUGGCCUCAUUGUCAUCAUCUCUGCCAUUGGCCUGGACUCACUUCUCAUCUCCUUGUCAUAUCUGCUUAUCCUCAAGACUGUGUUGGGCUUGACACAUGAAGCCCAGGCAAAGGCAUUUGGUACUUGUGUCUCUCAUGUGUGUGCAGUUUUCAUAUUCUAUGUACCUUUCAUUGGGUUGUCUAUGGUGCACCGGUUUGACAAGCGGCAUGACUCCCUCCUGCCUGUCAUCAUGGCCAACACCUAUCUGCUUGUUCCUCCCGUGCUCAAUCCUAUUGUCUACGGAGUGAAGACAAAGGAGAUCCGGCAGCGUAUCCUUCGUCUUUUCCAUGUGACCACCCACACUUCGGAUCCCUAG